GAGGGAACGGACCGGGUGGGUAGCAACAGUUGCCCUGGUGAGGACGAAGCGCCAUAACCACGGUAGCCCUGGCGACAAGAGCCCAGCAACGAGAAUCAACAACAACAACAACUGAAUUUAUAAAAACAAAAACAAAAGAAGAAACAUUACCGGUGGGAAAUACACACGUGGAACAAGAGGGUCCCAGCUCUUGUAAUGGCUACAUCAAGCUUUGUAGGUGAGAUCCAACCAGCAGCCCAACCUCAGGGGACUGUUGUAACUGUAACUGCGACACAACCUGAUGGCACUUCUACCCCUGCAACUACUCCACAGUUUCUGGCAGAGAUUCAGACAACUGUGGCCACUCCCACUAUUGUUGCACCUGCAGGCCAAACUACUCCCACAGAACAAGCCAAUUCAGUCACCACUCAAAAGCCUACAACUGGCAGCCAAGCGCAGUCCACAGCACAGGCCCAGCCUGCCCAGACACAGUAUGUGACUGCAGAGAUACAGGGCUCCCCCACACAGUCUGGGAAUGCUCAAAGCACUCCUCAAUACAUCGUUGUUACUGUCACAGAGGGGUCCCUUCACUCAAAUGACAGUGUGUCAGAUGCAAGUCCACCUCCAGCAGUGGUGCAGACAGGAGUUCCCACCCAGGUUGUUCAGCAGGUCCAGACAGCUCAGCAGAGGUCUGUUGUGCAGGCCACUUCCCAGAUAGCCAAGACUGAGCCUGGCACCCAGCUUAGUGUCACCAGUCUACAGCCUGUCCAUAUCAGCCAGGAGGUUCCGCAACAGCUUACUUCUGUGCCCGUGCAACAUGUGUACACCAAUCAAGUGCAAUAUGUGGAGGGAGGAGACACUAACUACACCACCAGUACCAUUCGAUCCAGCAACUUCCCUUACACUGACAGCCCUCUGUACACCCAGACCACAGCUGCCCAGUAUUAUGAAGGUCAGCCUACCUCAGGCUCACAGGCCUCCACCCCCAGUACACCACUCACUGUGUCAGUAACUACUGGAACAUCGGGGGGUGUUUCCAUGUUCGUAGCUCAGCCCUCUAAUACAACAGGGGGAGGUGCCACAGUGGUCGCCACAGGUGGCACCACCAAUGGAGCAGGGGAUGGGGCAGGCACCAACAAUGGCGCGGCAAGCAGUUAUGUCAUCCAGGGUGGUUACAUGCUGGGCAGCAGCAGCGGAGGGGCCGGAGGCAAUAGUCAGAGUUACUCACACACUGCUCGCGCCUCCCCAGCCACUGUGAGUAUUACAGAGGGCGAGGAGAGUAGCGUGCCGUCGGCAGACAAGAAGGUACAGUGGUUGCUGGACAACUAUGAGACUGCUGAAGGAGUGAGUUUGCCACGUUCCACACUCUACUGCCACUAUCUGCUGCACUGUCAGGAGCAGAAACUGGAGCCUGUCAAUGCCGCUUCCUUCGGGAAACUUAUCAGAUCUGUGUUUAUGGGGCUACGCACACGACGCUUAGGAACACGAGGUAACUCUAAAUACCACUACUACGGACUGCGGAUCAAGGCUGGCUCCUCUCUUCUCCGUCUAAUGGAAGAUCAGCAACAUCUGGCCAUGAGGCAGCAACCUUUUUCACAGAAACAGAGGUUGAAGCCAGUUCAUAAAGUAGAGGGAAUGACAAAUGGCACAGCAGCAGGAGCAGGCCAGCAGCAGCAACAGCAGCAGGGAGCAGGGCAUGUGGACAUCAGCACCCAGGUUCAACAGUACCAGCAGUUUCUAGGUGAGGCAACGCUAAAGAAAUAUACAGAUGCAUCAAGAGCCCUUCCAGAGUUCCCAGACAUUGACCUUCAGGGGAAGGCUCUGCCUGAAGGCAUUGAGCUGGAGCAUAUAAGUUUUCAGCUGCUGUACAGAGAACACUGUGAGGCUAUACUGGAUGUGAUGGUCAACCUGCAGUUUACUCUGGUGGAGACCCUGUGGAAAACAUUCUGGAGGUUCAGUCAGAGUCAGGCUGGAGAUACCACAUUGGCUGUGCAUGACGAGUCAGAGAAGCGUCUCCCCAAGUCCUGCCUGGUGUUGCUUUGUAAGUAUGAGCAAGUGUUGCGCUGGAGUCGGGACUGUGAUAACAGCCUGUACCAGGGCCUAGUAGAGAUCCUCAUCCCUGAUGUUCUCAGGCCUAUCCCCAGUGCCUUAACUCAAGCCAUCCGAAAUUUUGCCAAGAGCCUGGAGAGCUGGCUCACAAAUGCCAUGAUGAACAUCCCUGAGGAAAUGGUCCGCAUUAAGGUAACAUCAGCCAGUGCGUUUGCUCAGACACUGCGUCGCUACACCAGUCUGAACCACCUCGCACAAGCUGCCCGUGCUGUCCUGCAGAACACAGCUCAGAUCAACCAGAUGCUUUCUGACCUUAAUCGUGUUGAUUUUGCUAACGUCCAGGAGCAGGCUUCGUGGGUUUGCCGGUGUGAGGACCGCGUUGUCCAGCGGCUGGAACAGGACUUUAAACUAACCCUCCAACAGCAGAACUCCCUUGAGCAGUGGGCUGCCUGGCUGGAUAGUGUGGUCUCCCAGGUCCUAAAGCCUUACCAGCACAGCCCUGCUUUCCCAAAGGCUGCCAAGCUUUUCUUGCUCAAGUGGUCCUUCUACAGUUCCAUGGUGAUUAGAGACCUGACCCUGCGGAGUGCAGCCAGUUUUGGCUCCUUCCACCUGAUCCGCCUGCUGUAUGAUGAGUACAUGUACUACCUGAUAGAACACAGAGUAGCUCAGGCUAAAGGAGAAACCCCCAUCGCUGUAAUGGGAGAGUUUGCCAGUUUAGGCCGUGGUCUAAACCAACUGGAUCCUGACAAAGAAGAGGAUGAAGAAGAGGAGGAGGAAAGUGAUGAGGAAGGUCAGGAGCUGUCCCUUCCCUCAGAUGGGGCGGUGCUUGGAGAGGAGUCUCUGGAGCCUCCUGCCAAGCUGGCCAGAACUGAUCAGAGAGUUCUCUUCAGCACAGGAUCAGCUGACAACUAACCACACAACAAUAGACCGUGUGUGUUAAUUAUGUUGAUGACGUGCACACACUCUCUCAGAGAUGAACAAA